UCCGGUUCAGCUUCCCCGCCUCCUGCGCGACUGACGCGGCUCGGGCUCUGUGGUGCCGGGCCGGGCGCUGAAUGCCCGAGUCGGCGUCCACAGCCAUGGCCUGUUCCAUUGUCCAGUUCUGCCACUUCCAGGACCUCCAGGCCGCCCGGGACUUCCUGUUCCCGCAGCUGCGCGAGGACGCCCCCAGCGGCGCCGCGCCGAGGGACCCGGGUAAAUCAGCGAGCUGGGAAGAUGAGGGCUGGGGAGCGUGGGACGAGGCGGAGCUCCCAGAACUGGAGGAAGAAGGAAGCACUUGUGAGACUCAGAAGACUUCCUGGCUCCAGGGCUGCGUUCUGUCCUUGUCUCCAAACAGUGACCUUAUGGUCAUAGCGCGGGAACAGAAGGCUGUGUUUCUAGUGCCAAAGUGGAAGCAGAGUGAUAAAGGAAGGGAGGAAAUGCAGUUUGCCGUUGCUUGGAGUGGCCCCUUAAGUGUCGAAGAAGGGGAAUCCGUGACUAGUGCUCUGUGUAUCCCACUUGCAAGCCAGAAGAGGAGUUCCACGGGGCGUCCCGACUGGACCUGCAUCGUGGUGGGGUUUACGUCGGGUUACGUUCGCUUCUACACCGAGAACGGUGUGCUCCUGCUGGCGCAGCUUCUCCACGAGGACACUGUGCUACAGCUGAAGUGCAGGACCUACGCCAUCCCCCGGCACCCCGGUGUGGCUGAGCAGAAUGAAGAACUGAGUAUCUUGUAUCCAGCUGCCAUUGUGACCAUUGACGGAUUUAGCCUUUUUCAGUCUCUUCGCGCCUGUAGAAACCAGGUAGCAAAAGCCGCGGCGUCGGGCAGUGAGAGCGUGCAGCCGCCGCCCCUGGCGUACAAGAAGUGGGGCCUGCAGGACACCGACAUUAUUGUGGACCAUGCCAGCAUCGGUAUCACCACCCUGUCCCCUUUCGAUCAGAUGAAGACUGCCUCCAACAUCGGCGGGUUCAACGCGACCAUCAAGCCCAGCCCACCAGCCAUGUCACAGUAUAUCACCGUGGGCGCCAACCCGUUCACUGGCUUCUUCUACGCACUGGAGGGGAGCACACAGCCCUUGUUAUCCCACGUCGCCCUCGCAGUUGCAAGUAAACUCACUUCUGCUCUGUUCAACGCUGCCAGUGGGUGGCUUGGCUGGAAAAGUAAACACGAAGAAGAAGCCGUCCAGAAGCAAAGGCCGAAGGUGGAGCCAGCGACGCCCCUGGCUGUAAGAUUUGGGCUUCCAGACUCCAGACGCCAUGGCGAGAGCAUCUGCCUGUCCCCGUGUAACACGCUGGCAGCAGUGACGGAUGACUUUGGCAGGGUCAUCUUGCUGGACGUCACCAGAGGCAUUGCAGUGCGCAUGUGGAAAGGGUACCGGGAUGCACAGGUCGGGUGGGCCCAGAUCGUGGAGGACCUCCAGGAGAGAGCGCCCGACUCCACCGACGGGGCCCCUUUCGGGAGCACCCAGGGUCCCAGCCGGGUGGCACAGUUCCUGGUGAUCUACGCGCCGAGGAGGGGGAUCCUGGAGGUGUGGAGCACACAGCAGGGCCCUCGAGUCGGGGCCUUCAACGUGGGCAAGCACUGCAGGCUGCUGUACCCUGGCUAUAAAAUCAUGGGCUUAAACAAUGUCACCAGCCAAAGCUGGCAGCCGCAGACGUACCAGAUCUGCCUGGUGGACCCCGUGUCUGGCAGCGUGAAGACAGUGAACAUCCCCUUCCACCUGGCGCUGAGCGACAAGAAGAGCGAGCGCGCCAAGGACCUGCACUUGGUGAGGAAGCUGGCAGCGCUGCUGCGGGCGCGGCCUCCUGCUCUGGAUUCCACUGAGACAGAAAUAAAGGAGUUGAUUCUGGAUAUUAAGUACCCUGCGACCAAGACACAAGCUUUGGAAAGCAUCCUGGCGAGCGAGCGUUUACCGUUCUCCUGCCUUCGAAAUGUCACGCAGACGGUGCUAGAUGCCCUAAAGAGCCAAGAGCUUGAGUCGGUGGACGAAGGGCUGCUGUGCUUCUGUGCCGGGAAGCUAAAGUUGCUGCAUCUCUACGAGUCCGUCGCUCAGCUGAAUUCCCAGGCUUGUCCUUCAGAGGCUCCGUACGCCGAGAAGGACCUGGCUGUGUUACUGCGGCUUGAGGAGAAGGAGCUGCGUAAGCUCCAGGCAUUGCUGGAGAAGUACAAGCAGGAGAGCAGCAGGGCCACGGUCCGCUUCUCUGAUGACGGAGACGGCGUGCUGCCCGUCUGGACGUUCCUGGAGUACCUGGAGUAUGAGGGCGACGCGCUCAGCAUCAAGAAGAGAGACGAGGAGGUGGACGUGGCUCUAGGCAGUUUCUUCUUUUGGAAGUGUCUGCAUGGAGAAAGCUCCACUGAGGACAUGUGCCGCGUUCUGGAGGCUGCGGGACUCAGCCCUCAGCUGCUAUUGUCUCUGCUGUUGAACGUGUGGCUCUCCAGGGAGAAGGAUGUCCUGGAGAAGCUGCAGUGUGUCUGCCAUCUGCACGCGAUGCUGGCCCUGCUAAGCAGGAUGAAAGUGGCCAUUGAUGAAGCCUGGGACUCACAGUCUGUGUCGCCGUGGUGGCAGCAGAUGCGCCUGGCCUGCAUGCAGUCCGAGAGCAGUGGGGCUGCACUGCUGGCCGCGCACGUUGGCCACUCGGUGGCUGUGCAGAUCUCAAACCACGCAACAGAGAAGAAGUUCCCGCAGACAGUGGUGGCAGUCGACGGAGAGGCCCUCACGGAUUCAUGGGAGGCGCUCUCCCUGGACACGGAGCACUGGAGGCUGCUGCUGAAGCAGCUGGAGGACUGCCUGCUCCUGCAGAGCCUGCUACACAGCGGGCCUCGGCGGGCCCGCACCACGGCACCGCAGGCCGAGCCGCUGCCCCGGCUGUCCGUGAAGAAGCUGCUGGAAGCAGGGAAAGGUGGCAUCGCAGACUGUGUUGCCAAGUGGGUAUUUAAGCGAGACUUGAGCCCUACAGUGUUGAAACUGGUGAAUCAAGACACAGCUGGGGAGAAUCCAGAGGAGCCCCAAGGUCCUCACGGCGCUUUCCUGCAGGUGGCAGUGGCGGAGGGGGACUUAGGAGCCAUCCCAGACCUGCUGGGCUUGGCCUUCGAGCAGUUUCCCUGCAGCCUGGAGCCGGACAUGCUGCACGCGCACUGCUGCUGGGAGUACGUGGUCCAGUGGAACAAAGACCCUGAGGAAGCGCGUUUCUUUGCGAGAUCCAUCGAGCACCUAAAGUGCAUCGCCAACGCACACGUGCAGCACGGCAUCGCGCUCAUGCUGUGGAACACGUUCCUGGUGAAGCGGGUCUCAGCUGCCGCCUACCUCAUGGACAAGGUUGGCAAAGCACCAAAGGACAGAUUGUGCCGCAGGGAUGUAGGCAUGAGUGACACGGCGCUGACGCCCUUCCUGGGCUGCUGCCUGGACCUCCUGCAGACCUUGAUGGAGGCUGAUGUGGGCAGGGACGAGAUGCUGGCACCUGUGCUGGACACUGAGGAUGCAUGGCUGUCAGCGGAGGGGCCCGCGGCCAUCGUGGAGCUGGCGCUGGAACAGAAGCCCGUGCACUACCCGCUGGUGCAGCACCACUCCGUGCUGUGCGCCGUGCUCAGUGCCGUGGCGCGCUUCGCACUCAGGGCCGUCAAGCCACUCGCCCUCUUUGACAGCAAGGGGAAAAAUGCAUUUUUCAAAGACCUAACUUCCAUCCAGCUGCUGCCCAGUGGGGAGAUGGACCCAAAUUUUAUUUCUGUUCGGCAGCAGUUCCUGCUUAAGGUUGUGAGUGCCGCCGUCCAGGCCCAGCACUCGGGCCCGAGGGACGGGGCGCCCUCGGCAGCAGUGGUGAGCGCACCUGGGGACCAAGACUGGGCGGCUCUGGCCAUGGCCUUAGCGCCGCACCUGCAGGUCAGCGAGGACGUGGUCAGGCGGCACUACGUGGGCGAGCUCUACAGCCAUGGUGCCGACGCACUGGCGGAGGAGGCCACCCUGCAGGUGCAGGACACUGAGGUGCUGGCCUCGCAGCUGCUGGUGCUGAGCGGGCAGAGGCUGGCACACGCACUGCUGCACACGCAGAGCCGGGAGGGCAUGGAGCUGCUGGCACGGCUGCCACCCACGCUGUGCACCUGGCUCAAGGCCAUGAGCCCCCAGGACCUGCAGAACCCUGAUGUGCCGAUAGCCACAACGGCUGCGCUGGUGCGGAGGGUCGUGGAGCUGCUGCCCGAGCAGCAUGGGCAGCACAGCCUGGCUCUGCACCUGCUGGAGGCCGUGGACGCCGUGCCCACUGCCCCGUGCUGACGCCACCCAGCGUGCUUGCUGUGGGAUUUUAUGAAGAUGUCUUUUUGUAAAAUAAAAAUAUAUAUUACUUUUAACAAAGUGCGAUCCUGGCCCAAUUCCGCUUUGAGGAACACUGAAGAGGGGCUGUAAAUGCUGUACCGUGGUGAUACGGGGGGGGCUGCUGUUCACUUUUCCUCUGAACAGCAAGUGAUUCUGUCUGCUCUCCAACACUAGCCGUGACUCAAGGGCUGGUCACCGUGAGCCCGUGUCACAUUCCAGCCACAGCUACUAUCUUAAAGUGAUGUGUGCAGCCCUUCAGCCAAGCCUCGGAACGGGCCUGUGGGCCCCUCUGGAGUGCUGAGGACAGAUGAAUGCCACCCUGCUUUGCCCAGGUGGGCAUCUGGGCACCACAGCCCCUGGUCCAGUGCUCAUGUAGUUGUCAGAGGAUAAGGCUCGAGCUAGAGGUCUGACUCUUUUAACUGUUUGCCAAAAUUGAGAUCUGAGAUGCAGUCAACCAGCACAGCCAGUUACAAUGUAAGUUAUGUUUUUACAAAGUUGUAUCCACAUCAGGCAAAUGUAAAAAUGUAUUAUCUUGUAAAACUAUUAUGUAAAAAAAAAAAAGUUUUGUCCAA